ACACACCUUAUUCACAAGUCUCUCGUGCAAAGUCCUCUGAGUAGUGGAUGGAGAUGCUCCUGUCAAUCCAGGGAGUAGUUUCAGUGUCUGUGUGCGGCGUGUGACCUCCAGGUUCAGUGGCUUAGAAAAGUAUAGUAAAAGAAAAAUAAUAAUAAUUAAUUAAUUAAUUAAUUAAAAAAAAAAAAAAAAAAAACGUGGUAGAACUCAAAGCUGAAAACACAGGAAGAGAGGGAGAAGUGUUGUGACGUCUCCUUACUAUAUAUAUAGUAAGGCCAGGCGUCACCACCUUGCCGCAGGAAAGGACGGCAGGUUGAGCACCGAUAACUCCUCCAGUAGUUCUGGUCUUCAGUAAAGGAGGAACGGCAUGGCGUUCAUACGAAGCCUCGCAUUCUUCGUGUGGGUCUUUGCUCAGGUCCUUCUGGUAUCUGCCCAGUGGAAAGACAAUGUUGACUGUAUCACAUUCUUCAAUACAAGUGAGGUACCAAUCAGUGGUAUCAAUCAGAUCGUAACGGUAGACGUCGACGUCGAAGAGCUGGUUUCAGUGAACGAAGAGCUGUAUACCCUGUUCUGGGACACGAAGAAUGUUGAAGAACCGAAAAUAGAGGAUUCCAAUUUCACUAAAUACUUCACUAUUGACAAUGCGGUUGGAGGUUUGUGGAAAGUCUCUGUUAAAACAAACCUGGAGGGCUUGCCAGACUACAAUCCCAUCCCCCAGGGAAAAAUAGAUGCUCUAUUCAUCUUCACGAAAAGUAGCGACGGAGUCGGGCCAGAGACCUGCCGUGUGACGCUGACCCACAACAUCAUCGACGACAACAACCAGCGUCCGGUGCCUGACAAAAUAAAUGACACCCUCACUAUUGAAGAGGGCUUCAUGCUCAACUACCCCAUCUACAAUUUUGCGAGCGUAGUGCAAGACAAGGACGGAACUUCCCCAAACAACGAGUUCAUUGUGAUGAUGGACCCUAACUGUCCCCUGGAGGCCACCAAAAAAUCAUACAUCUCGGGAGAAAAAGCCGUUGACGUUUUCUACCAGCUCAAGAGAAGCCUAGAUUACGAAACAGAACCUGGACCUAUCGUGUGUGACGUAACAUUCCAGGAUCCAGGGACUCCUUCUUCAGGUUCCACUAAGGGCACAAUCACCGUCAUUAUUAGAAACGUGCCAGACGAACCCCCGAAAUUCAGUGAAAACUAUUAUUACGCUACAGUGGAGUCUAUUGUGGCGACAAAUACGUCUCUGAUAAUACAACCUUCCAGCAUCUCGGCGGUCGACGGGGACAGUGGUGACAUUACCUCAUCAGUCACUUACACCAUGACCAAUGCCCAGGGCGACGUCGAUGGCACGACAUACUUCAAAAUAAACGAAGUAACCGGCGAAGUGACCCUCAUUAAGGAUUUAGACACACCUUUCCUAGUCGACCAUCAGCAAGUCAUGUUCUUCCUCAAGGCCUCUGAUACCAGCCAAGCAAUAGCUAAUGCUCUCCUAGUAGUUACGCUGCCGCCACCGCCCACGACCACCACCUCCACAACCACCAGCUCUACCACAACUGGUACCUCCUGUGAACCGUGCAUCUGUACAACUUAUACAACGGAAGAGAUCACAGAGUGCCCCUCACCAGAGCCGUGUACACCCUGCCCAACUGAAACUACUACUGAAUUCACCUGCCCAACUACACCCAGUGAAGUCACGUGUACUCCCUGUCCAACUGAGACCACCACAGAAUGCAUCUGCCCCUCCACACCUUAUCCAACCACACCCAGCGAAGGCACGUGUACUCCCUGUCCAACUGAGACCACCACAGAAUGCAUCUGCCCCUCCACACCUUAUCCAACUACACCCAGUGAAGGCACGUGUACUCCUUGUCCAACUGAGACCACCACAGAAUGCAUCUGCCCCUCCACACCUUGCCCAACUGAGACCACCACAGAAUCCAUCUGCCCCUCCACACCUUAUCCAACCACACCCAGCGAAGGCACGUGUACUCCUUGUCCAACUGAGACCACCACAGAAUGCAUCUGCCCCUCCACACCUUGCCCAACUGAGACCACCACAGAAUGCAUCUGUCCCUCCACACCUUAUCCAACUACACCCAGUGAAGGCACGUGUACUCCCUGUCCAACUGAUACCACCACAGAAUGCAUCUGCCCCUCCACACCUUGCCCAACCGAGACCACUACAGAAUGUAUCUGCCCCUCCACACCUUGCCCAACUACACCCAAUGAAGGCACGGAAUCCACCAUCACUUGGGGCCCUGACCAACCGACCCUCAUUUUCGAGAGACCGUCGUACACUGGUUCCACCUAUGCUUUAGCUGACAAAGUGUAUUAUAUUAAAGUCAAGGACAUCGGAUAUGAAGUUAUAUAUGACUGGAGUGACGGCUAUGAGAGCAAGAAGUACUUCAAUAUAGACUCGAAGUCGGGAUGGAUUACAGUCAACAAGGGCAACCCGCCACCUGAAGGCCUCCACGAACUCGAGGCCACAGCAAUGGUCAAAUCCGUCCACUCAGAGCACACUGAGACGAAGGUCAACAUCUAUGUCAUGCCAGUGCCUAUAGACCAGCCGAGUAUCUUGAACAGUCUCAUCAGUCACACGGUGGUGGAGGGCGAGGAAGAGGAGGACGUGGCCAACAUCACUGUCUCGCAAAUCUCCGGGAAAGUUUGCAUCACUGAAGCUCAGCCUCUCGAAGCGCAUGAAAGGUUUAGCGUAACAAGGCAGGACGGCAGGACCUGGAUACUGCGUAAGACUGGCAGCCUGGACUACGAGGAAAUGCAGGAAAUAACAAUGGUCGUUGAAGCCUUUGAGGAAGACAUUAAAUGCCCAGAAGUCAGCGAAGACAUUUCACCAACCCUGCAGAGGAGCCAGGUUCUGGUCCUCAUCAACGUGGAAGACAAAAAUGAUGUGGCACCAUUAUUUGACAGCGAAAGCAUGGUGGUCGCCUACCCAACCAACGAGGCCCUUAGGAGGGCGGUGGGCCCUGUCGUCAGUGUCCAGGCCAAGGACAGUGACGGCCCAGAGGUGAAAUAUUCUAUAACAGGCAAGGCGGCUGACCAGUUCACGGUGAACGAGAACACCGGUGAAGUAUUCGUCGUGAAGGGUUUGGACUGCAACCCGCAGUGCGAAUUCAGCGUCAAUGCUUCAGAUACUGUUAACAGUAACCGGCUGAGUGUCACGGUUCUACCCCUGGGCAUGGAUCAUAUCUUCACCCUCCACAUGGACACGACCGUUUCUGAGGUGGAUGAACAGCUCACCGAGUUGUCCCAAAAAGUGGGAGCCCAGAUCUCAGAGCUUUACGUCAAUCCCGCGCCCCCUGCCACCAUGACGUGGGGGAGGAGGCAUAAGCGUGAAGCCGGAAUGACCCUCGAGGUGCAAGUGUACAGCCUCAAAAAUUACUCCCUGAUGAGCCUAGACGAGUUGAAUAGUGCCCUCGAAGGGGCUACCUCACCCAUUCAAGCGGAGAAGUUUGUAGACGAGCCAGUGUUUAAGCCGGAGCCCGAGGAUACGACGGGUUUGACGGCGGCUGUGGCGGUGCUGGGCACGCUGCUGGGACUUGUACUCAUCGCCGGGGUUGGUUUCUUCGUCUACAAGAAGAAGAAAGGUAAAGGUUCCCCCAAGCCGCGACCACCUUCUCCCCCCAUCAGCACCCUCGGUAAAGUCUACCAGAAUCAUUCCUUCGAGGAAGAUGGACACGACACGCAGAGGUCUUUGGGUCACAAGACGAACAAUUCCCUCAACGGGUUUACGAGCGUCCAGGUUCACAGCACCCAGAAUGGGGACUCGCCCCCCAUGCACAGGAGCCCCCUCGCCCUGCCCUCGGACUCCAUCCCCCUCAGGAACAUCGACAAUCAACAGCAGGCAGGACUAAGGAGGACAAAUCCCGAUGCACCUGAUUAUUUCGGGUCGUCCAGCCCAGCUCCGCCACCCUCCUUCACCCGCACCACCGGCUCCUCUUCCCCCGCCCCACCACCGUCCACUUCCUCCUCUUUCCCCAUCUACGCGGAAAUCAAGAAGCCUAAGGAUCCUAAGCCAAAGUCCACAUCUUUCCCCUCUUCCUCCUCCUCCUCUUCCAGGCCUGAGAAGAACGUCCCUCUCACAGACUUCUCUUCUAAUUCGACUGAGAAAAAGCCUGAUGUGCCCACCGCUGACUACGAGGAGGUGGGCAGCAGCAAGUUCUCCGCCCUUAAAAGCUCUCCUCCUCCUCGACGUUCGAAUCGUCAUAAGUCUGAUGACGAUGAUGACGAGAACGUGAAGGAGGGACUGGCGUACCCAGGAGGUAAACACGAUUCGCAGGAUGAGCCUGGCGACGAGAAGAAAUCGGUGGCGUUCAAGGUGAUGGUGGACACAAAGGAGAUUGAGGCGGAGAACAAGGGGCCAGCACAGAGGAAGGCCGAGGCGGAGAUGCUCAUGGAGGCGAAUAGGAAGAAGCUACAAGAGGAAGACAACGAAGAUGAAGACCAGGAAGAAACUGCAAAGCUAUAGAAUACCCUUUCUAGAACCGCAGCGAAACAGGAAGCAGCCAAGUGCACCGCCUUAGUCUUGUACUAUCUGAAGAAACCCCUUGUUAUGAACCAUGUUGUUAUAGCCUCUGUUACUACUUGAAUUAUACCCAUAUAUUUCCAUCGUCCGGGCAACAGAGGGAAGGUUGCACCGAUACACGGAAACGCUUUCAAGGACCUUACAUAAUUUUAGUAGUCCUAUCAACGCCUGAAGCAGGAUGAACAGCAAGAUGGUCCUCGCGUCCUCCUGUCGACUCGUGUAACUUGUGACCUGGGUAUGUCAGCUACAAGGAAGUUUUAGAAGUAAUUACGAGCGUCAAACUAACAUGUGAGUUAACACACACACACACACACACACACACACACACACCACACACUAGAUUGUCUUCAAGAUAAACCUCAGUUCUUUCCUUCCUUCAACACUAGCAGCUAGGUAAGUGCAGAUCAUUUUUUUUUUUUUUUUCGCAGGAGAAAACUUGCAUCAUUCCGUGUUGUUCCUAUAACGAAUGUGUCAAUUGAGUGUAUUUGUAUUACCUAAAUAAAUCGAAUUAUUGCAUACAUCAUGGUGCAUCACUACAUUAAGUAUCGUGGGGAAAACGAAUUUCAGUUCCAUAUGUAUGUAUGAUUAGAUUUUUAUGUGAAA